GAUAAAUUGGGUUGGCAUAAGAUAUGGCGGCGGCAGCUCCGAUGGGACCGGUGGAGGAAGCGAAGCGGCUGAUGGAGAUGGAAGCGCCAGAGGAAACACCAUAUGUGCAUCUGUACGAAGCACGCGAUCUGCUGCAGGAAGCGUUGAACAAUGACCCGUUGUCCAUUCCGUUGCACUCGCUGCUGGGGCAAGUCUUCCUCGCCGUGGAAGAACCUCACACGGCGCAGCCUUGCCUGGAGCGAGGACUCAAGGUCGUGCCUGGGAGCGACGACCUCAUCGCCUUCUGCAACGGCUUGCAGGACGACAAAGCAUCCUUGGAGUCGUUGACCGCCGACUUGCCUGACUUCGACACCCCCGAGAGCUUGGACGCGCACCGUGCCGAGAUCAUGGACAUCCUCAACCAGCUGGGCAUCCUCUGGUUCAAUCGAUCAUCGCACGGACGCGCGUACUGCUACUUUAAGACCGCCGAGCGCAUGUUCCUAUACAGCAGCGAGCCUUGCAUGCGACCUACAUACACCCACACAUUGUUCUACUUGGCGCAGCUGUAUGGCCACUUGAAUGCGCCGGAGAAGUCGGCGAUGUACUGCCAGCUGACUCUGCGGCACCAGCUCGACGAUCUCACCAACAUUCCUCGGGACUGGGUGCAAAACUGCUUACAUUUGAGUGAGUACUUUCUCAAACAAAACCAACUGCCCAAGGCGUCGCAAUGCAUUCACGCGUGCACGUCCGUGGGCCCCCAGCCCUCGGAGGAAGCGCAGAUCGCCGCGAAUUUGGCCAAGUUGUACAUACAAACGUUGUAUCUAGCCCAGCACGAUAUCGAUUUGAUUCCGGAUACCGACGUGUUGUUCCCGAAUAUCCGGACGCGCGAGACCUUCAUUUCGCCGUCGGACAUCGAUUCGUUUGAUGCUGCGCGGGAUGUGUUUAAGAAGGCGAUGGCGGCGCUGGCUACGGCCAAGAGCUAUUUUGUUUUGGACGGGUUUGUGACCGACCACAUCCGGCUGCUGCAAAGCCAGAGCCAGUGCUAUGCCAAGUUGAUUCCAUUUGAACCCGACCGCAAGCGACAGAUGGCGAUGCAUCAGAAACGAAUUGACUCUUAUGGCGAGAUCCUCCAUGGCGAGUUCAACUUGAAUGCUUAUGGGUACCUUCUGCAGGAAGUGUACUACGAAGUGGGCGAGAUCUACAGCAUCUUGCACGAUCUCAAGGUCGUGCAUUUGACCAAACCGUACAUGGAAACGAACGUAAGGUCUAUUUUGUUUGACGGGGGCUCAUGUUUCAAUGAUAAAUUUUGAUCAAUUGUUUGGAUAUUUUUUGAAUUUAUUUAGCACUUUGCGGUCGACUCGAUCCAUUAUUUCGAGAAAUUCGUGCAAUUGUACUACUACCAACAAGGAAAAACCGAUGGGUUGGAGCCGCUGCCACCUCAAUUGCACGUUCCGACGCAUUUGGAAAGCGCACCUGAUUUGAAGCCCUUUUUCAACGGCUUGUUCGUUUUAACCCGCGUAUAUGGCAAAGUCACGUUUCAAGACGACGCGACAACGGUGCGGUUUUGGACAAAAUGUUUGGAAAUGCAUGAAAACCUGCUCCAAUUGAUCCCAGCGCUGAAUUUGCCCGCGUUUUUCACGGACGAACUGGCGAUUUCACACGAAAUGCUCCUGCUCCUACCGGAAAAAAUCAACCACCUGCACUAUAAACGCCGCCGCCUUUGAUAAAAUAAAAUAAAUCGCUCAAUAUAUAUCAACCUGAUAUUAA